AUGUUUUCAACUAGUACUCAAAAGAAAGAAUGGACAUUUUCAUCACAACAGGAUCUUUUGGAUCUCAGGAAAGCAGCAAAUGAGAAAUUUCGAGCAAAAUAUGGAACAGUGAUUGAUGCUGAUCAAAAAGAUAUAUUUUUAACACCUGAGGAAGAAGCACUAUUAAGAAAUAUUGUCACAGAAACUGGCAUUAGGUUUGCGGAUGAUUUCCGCCCUACAAUGUGGCCAUCAACUCGCUGGACAGCAUUUGCAUAUUUUAAACGUUUCUUUCUAUAUCACUCAACAAUGGAAUAUUCACCAAAAAGUGUGAUGAUGUCAUGCUUUUAUUUAGCUGCAAAAGUUGAUGAAUUUAAUAUAUCCAUUGAUGAAUUUACUAAAAAUUUGAAAUCUGGGACUGCUAAAUCAAAUUCUGAAACAAUUUUAUCAUUUGAACCACAAAUAAUGUUGAAAUUACAUUAUCAACUAACGAUACAUUCACCAUUUCGACCAUUUGAGGGACAUUUGAUCGAAAUGAAAACGCGUUCAUUGUUAGGUUUCGAUUUGGAACAAGUGCGGCCACAUGCGAAUGAUUUUUUCAGGAAAGCAUUAUUCGGUGAUGUUAUGCUUCUCUAUCCGCCAUCACAAAUUGCACUUGCUGCUUUAAAACAUGCUUUACAGAUGCUAGAUAAGGCAGAUGAUUUAUUGAAAGAUCAAUUCCUGAAUAAGAUGCUUGAGAUCGAUACGUGGAAGCCGCAAAAUGAUAAUGUUUUAAUAUGCGAAAAAUUAAUUGCUCGGCUUGAUGAAAUUAUACAAUGCGUACUUGAUGGUUGUAAGCCCAUAGCACCUGAAACAAAUGAAGCAUUACAGAGUCAUAUGGAACGUUGGGUAAAUACUUUUCCUGAAUUGGAACGCAGAUUAUCCGUUUUGAAUGCUAGCCUUCAAGAAAAUUCUAAUUCGAAUACUGCUCUUUCUGAUGAUGAUUGA